UCUUCGAUAUAUUAAACAUGUUCAUAACAUGCAAUUCAUUUUACUGAACGUUGAAAUUGUACAUUUUCUAAGUAUUUUUUUUAACUCUACUUAAACGUAAAGGAGCUAAAUUUUAGUUUUCAGACUAUAGAUUAUGUUGAUAUCUUGAAGCGAGUUUGGAUUAUUGACAAAUACAAGGUUUUCAUCAAUAUAAAUACGAUACAACUAACAUUGGAUCAACGUUUUAUUUGCAUUGGAGAAAACAGCAGACGUUCGCGAUGUAUUUACAUACGUUGGCCUAACGUUAGUGUGCUAGAUGGAUAUGGAUAGUAUUGAUCACAGACCAGAUGUUGGUGGUUAUGAUGCUGUCUUUAUAAAUCCACUACAAAGUGAUUAUGAAUGCCCUAUAUGUCAGUGUGCUUUUCGAGAUCCGGUUCAAAUUGAGGAAUGUGGCCACAGAUUUUGUCUUUCAUGCAUCAACGAAAUCAAAAAACAAAAAGGAACACUUAAAUGUCCUUUAGACCGACAGCUAAUUAAUAUAGAAAAAAUGUUUCUUGAUAAAGCGGUAAAAAGAGCAAUUCUAUCAUUGAUCGUAAAAUGUCAUAACUUUUCAAGAAAUUGCGAAUGGACAGGUGAACUGGGAUUUAUUGAAGAACAUGUCAAGAGUUGUCCCUACGAAAAUAUAGUAUGCCCAAACGAGCUAUGCCAAGAUUUGUUUCCGAGAGGGACACUUUCACAGCAUUUAGAGCAAAGAUGCAAGUUCCGAUCGGUUUUUUGUCAGUUUUGUUCAGAAAAAUACAUACACAAAGACGUCAAAAGCCAUUUAAAACAUUGCAAAAAAUUUCCUAUGGAAUGCGUAAACAAGUGUGAAAAAAAAGACAUACCACGUGAAAAGAUGGCGUCACAUUUAGAAGAAUGUCCAUUUUCUAUAGCACUAUGCCCGUUUUCAGAAAUAGGAUGCGAGUUUUCUGGUAAAAAAGAUGUUUUGGAAAAUCACGUCACAUUAGCAGUAAAUGACCAUUUAUCUUUGGCGAUGACAAAACUUCUAAUACAUGAAUGCCGUUUUGUAUGUACUAAUGGCAUUUUUGUCUGGGCUGUGCCAAACUUUCGCGUUCAAUUUGAAGCAGCAAAGAUUUCUGAAGAAGAUAAAGCUGUAUACAGUCACCCUUUUUAUACAGCCCAGUAUGGUUAUAAGUUGAGAAUUAAAGUUUACUUAAACGGUAGAGAUCGAGGAAAGGGUACGCACAUAUCCUUGUACCUAAUUAUAAUGAAAGGAGAUUAUGACAACUUACUGGAUUGGCCUUUUAAUCAUAAGAUUACAUUUUAUUUACUUGAUCAAAGCGUUCAUAGAAAACAUAAAGUUCAUCAACUUAGUCCCAAUCGCUCUUUACCAAAUGUAAGAGCAGUUUUUAAUCAACCAACUUCAAAAGAGAACCUUGGUAUCGGAAAUCCAAGUUUUGUAUCUCACGAAUCUAUGAUUGCUGGAGGGUAUAUAAAAGAUGAUACUUUGUUUAUAAAGUGUGAGAUAGAACCUGUAAAUAAUAAUAUAAAAUAAACAAUAAUAUAAAAAAAAAAACUUAAACUUACAAUGACAGAGACAUGACAAAAGAAAAAUACCCCUGCAAAUAUUUUUUAGUAAAUACUUUUUCAAUAAUUAUUGGCAUUUUUGGCUGAAUAAUAGAGUUGUUGCUCAUUAGUUAUCUAGUAACCAUCAGCAGCGCAUGCUACUGGUUUACUAAAUAAACAGAAAUCUAAUGAUUUAAAAUGUUGAUAGAUGUGCACUGAAAAUCUACUAAAAAUAUAUGUAGGGCGCCAUGUGCUGAAAUUAAAUCGAAAAUAGGUUUUGACAGUACAUCAAAUCACUUUACAAAAACAUAAAUAAAGCUCAUCAAAUUUUGCACCAAAGGUUACUUAAAAUAUUUUUUUACGUUUAUUUAACAUAAAAAAGACAAACAUGAGCUAAAAUUAUGCAUUUAAAAUAUAUAAACAAGUUAACAUAUUUUUAUUAUUUGUGUACGUUCUUGUGAGAUUAUAAUUAAUGAGAUAUAAUGCAACUUAAAAA